AUGUGUGUAAAAGUGAUACUGCUUCGUUCUCGUUUACUACCGAAUAAGUAGGUGUGAUAGAAUAAAAAAAAAAGAGUAAAAUAGAAACAAUUGUCUAUACACAGAACGUGUGUUAAGUCGUAGACGUACGCAUCAAAAGUUGUGGAAUCGACGUGUCGUUAAAGUGAACUUGACGAGGUGAAAUGCGAGUGUAUCUGUCUGUCUGGCCGCAGCACUGGUACGACGUGUUCGUGACGUGUGACUGAUAGAAAAUACAGUAAUGUCCGCUUAACUGUUGUACGCUUGGAUCUGUAUCACGGACAGUUACUUGGGAUGUUCUUCCUUUUCCCCGUCGAGCGGAACUAACGACGGUGUCGGACAUUACUAUCUGUGGAACGAAACUGUGGUUCUGUUUACACUGGAAAAAUUGACAGUCUUCGAGGAUGUACGCGAAGGGGAAGGGGUCCACAGUACCCUCUGAUUCUCAAGCAAGAGAAAAGUUAGCCUUAUAUGUGUAUGAGUAUUUAUUGCAUGUUGGAGCGCAGAAAGCAGCACAGACAUUCUUAUCAGAGAUACGAUGGGAAAAAAAUAUCACUCUUGGUGAGCCACCUGGGUUUUUACAUUCUUGGUGGUGUGUAUUCUGGGAUCUGUAUUCAGCAGCACCAGAACGACGGGAUUCCUGUGAACAUAGCAGUGAAGCCAAAGCAUUUCAUGAUUAUGGUUUUGUAAACAGUGGUUAUGGUGUUAAUGGCAUUGCUCAUAAUGCUGGUCCAGCUCCUUCUCCUAUAGGACAAAUGCCUCCUAAUGAUGGAAUGCCUGGUGGUCCAAUGCCUCCUGCUUUCUUUCCAAACAACUCGACAAUGCGACCAUCUCCGCCCACACACCCCUCAUCACAGCCAUCCCCCCAGCACCCCCAGCCACCCCCGCCCCCACACUCGCAGAUGAUGUCCACUCAGUUUAUGGGACCUCGAUAUCCUGCUGGACCAAGACCUGGUGUACGUAUGCCACAAAUGGGAAAUGAUUUUAAUGGGCCUCCUGGACAGCCAAUGAUGCCAAAUAGCAUGGAUCCAACAAGGCAAGGCGAAGCUGGAGAAUUUGUAGGGUGGCAAGCUCCUCCAGGCAUGAAUCCCAUGAAUCCAAGAAUGAAUCCUCCACGAGGACCAGGAAUGGGUCCAAUGGGACCAGGAAGUUAUGGACCUGGAAUGAGAGGGCCACCUCCUAAUAGUAGUUUAGGUCCAGGAGGCCCUGGAGGUCCUGGUAUGCCACCAAUGAGUAUGGCUGGACCAGGUGGUAGACAACAGUGGCAACCUAAUACAUCUACGCCAAUGAAUUAUUCAUCAUCAUCACCGGGUAAUUAUGGAGGACCACCUGGUUCAACAGGUCCUCCUGGUCCAGGUACACCAAUUAUGCCCAGCCCACAAGAUAGUAGUAAUAGCGGUGGUGAAAAUAUGUAUACCAUGAUGAAACCUGUACCUGGAGGAAAUAUGCCUGGAGAUUUUCCAAUGAGUGGUGGACCAGAGGGUGGUCCAAUGGGUCCUAUGGGUCCAAAUACAAUGGGUCCUGUUCUAAAUGGUGAUGGCCUUGAUGGAAUGAAAAACAGUCCAGCUAAUGGUGGCCCUGGAACACCACGAGAAGAUAGUGGAAGUGGAAUGGGUGACUAUAAUCUAGGUGGUUUUGGAGGUCCUGGAGAAAAUGAUCAGACUGAGUCAGCGGCCAUACUCAAGAUCAAGGAGAGCAUGCAGGAAGAGGCGAAGAGGUUUGAAAAGGAUUCAGAUCAUCCUGAUUAUUACAUACAAUAACUUUUCACGAGUCGUUGGGCCCUGAGACCAAACUAAUGUUUUAAGAAAAACAGAUCACAAAUUCCCCCCCCCUUCUCUCUCUCUCUCUCUCUCUCUCACUGUCUCUCCUUAAAUCCAAAAAAUCUCCUCACUGCACUUGUACUUCUGUAAUCUCAUUCCUAUCAUUAUUCCAUCCUCUUUCAAUUUCGAAUCAUUAAAAAAUACGUGCAGAGAUAGAGGAAAAAUUUUUUUUAAAAUGCAAGGAAAAAGAAGGUUAAGCUCCUUAAAAAAAAAUGCACAAGAAUAAUGUAGAAAUUGAAGAAGUUUUUACUCCCUUGCAAAGUGAUGGGGUUACGUCCCAUAAUUUCUUCAUCCUCUUCGGGUAACGAAAAGGACAUAACCAUUUAAAGUAAGAAUUAUCGAAUUUUCAGAAAAUACUUUUGCAAAAUCUUUCGUAAUUUUGCGUUGACGUACACUCUUAGAAAUGGCUCCAUAGUAUAUACGGUCAUCUCGAAUCAUCAUCGAUCGAUAUUUGCUUUGCAAAUAUGGUCUCGAAAUAUUUCCUUCGAGUGACAUCUAGUAUCGCUUAAAGGAAAUUAUAAAAUUUUAAUAAUGUAGAGAACUGUUAUAGUUAAAAAA